AUGUCGUCUGUAGGUCUCCCCCAAAGCCUUUCUCCCCCACUACAGUCCCAGGUCUCCCCCACUACAGCCUCAGGUCUCCCCCACUACAGUCCCAGGUCUCCCCCACUACAGUCCCAGGUCUCCCCCACUACAGCCUCAGGUCUCCCCCACUACAGUCCCAGGUCUCCCCCACAACAGCCUCAGGUCUCCCCCACUACAGUCCCAGGUCUCCCCCACUACAGUCCCAGGUCUCCCCCACUACAGUCCCAGGUCUCCCCCACAACAGCCUCAGGUCUCCCCCACUACAGUCCCAGGUCUCACCCACUACAGCCUCAGGUCUCCCCCACUACAGUCCCAGGUCUCCCCCACUACAGUCCCAGGUCUCCCCCACUACAGUCCCAGGUCUCCCCCACAACAGCCUCAGGUCUCCCCCACUACAGUCCCAGGUCUCACCCACUACAGCCUCAGGUCUCCCCCACUACAGUCCCAGGUCUCACCCACUACAGCCUCAGGUCUCCCCCACUACAGUCCCAGGUCUCACCCACUACAGUCCCAGGUCUCCCCCACUACAGCCUCAGGUCUCCCCCACUACAGUCCCAGGUCUCCCCCACUACAGCCUCAGGUCUCCCCCACUACAGUCCCAGGUCUCCCCCACUACAGUCCCAGGUCUCCCCCAAAGCCUUUCUCCCCCACAACAGCCCCGGGUCUCCCCCACUACAGUCCCAGGUCUCCCCCAAAGCCUUUCUCCCCCACAACAGCCCCAGGUCUCACCCACUACAGUCCCAGGUCUCCCCCACUACAGUCCCAGGUCUCCCCCACAACAGCCUCAGGUCUCCCCCACUACAGUCCCAGGUCUCCCCCACUACAGUCCCAGGUCUCCCCCACAACAGCCUCAGGUCUCCCCCACUACAGUCCCAGGCCUCCCCCACUACAGUCCCAGGUCUCACCCACAACAGUCCCAGGUCUCCCCCACUACAGUCCCAGGUCUCACCCACUACAGUCCCAGGUCUCCCCCACUACAGUCCCAGGUCUCCCCCACUACAGUCCCAGGUCUCACCCACAACAGUCCCAGGUCUCCCCCACUACAGUCCCAGGUCUCCCCCACUACAGUCCCAGGUCUCACCCACAACAGUCCCAGGUCUCCCCCACUACAGUCCCAGGUCUCCCCCACUACAGCCUCAGGUCUCCCCCACUACAGUCCCAGGUCUCCCCCACUACAGUCCCAGGUCUCCCCCACUACAGUCCCAGGUCUCCCCCACAACAGCCUCAGGUCUCCCCCCACUACAGUCCCAGGUCUCCCCCACUACAGCCUCAGGUCUCCCCCACUACAGUCCCAGGUCUCCCCCACUACAGUCCCAGGUCUCCCCCAAAGCCUUUCUCCCCCACAACAGCCCCAGGUCUCCCCCACUACAGUCCCAGGUCUCCCCCAAAGCCUUUCUCCCCCACAACAGCCCCAGGUCUCACCCACUACAGUCCCAGGUCUCCCCCACUACAGUCCCAGGUCUCCCCCACAACAGCCUCAGGUCUCCCCCACUACAGUCCCAGGUCUCCCCCACUACAGUCCCAGGUCUCCCCCACAACAGCCUCAGGUCUCCCCCACUACAGUCCCAGGUCUCCCCCACUACAGUCCCAGGUCUCCCCCACUACAGUCCCAGGUCUCCCCCACUACAGUCCCAGGUCUCCCCCACAACAGCCCCAGGUCUCACCCACAACAGCCUCAGGUCUCCCCCACAACAGUCCCAGGUCUCCCCCACUACAGUCCCAGGUCUCCCCCAAAGCCUUUCUCCCCCACAACAGCCCCAGGUCUCCCCCACAACAGCCUCAGGUCUCCCCCACAACAGCCUCAGGUCUCCCCCACAACAGUCCCAGGUCUCCCCCACAACAGUCCCAGGUGAGACAGGGAGCGUCCUCAGGUUGCACAGAGAGCAGCAGAAGCGCCUCAGCUCCUCCCCCUUCCUGCGCCUCCCCCUCCUGCACCUCCCCCUUCCUGCGCCUCCCUCUCCUGCACCUCCUGCUGAAGCUCCGCCCACACUGAGGACAGGAUAA